ACAUGCAAGCCUAUAAUUUUAAGAAGAAACGAAAUACAGGUCAUACAGGUCUACUGAGUUUGCAUCACGGGAUUAUAAAAACAUAUUGGAAGCAUGAAAUAUUGGCAAGUUUUCAUUGAUUUAUACCGCCAUCAUACAAACAACUCAAUGAGGGGUCAUAAGAGUGAUAGUAUACAGAAAUGCGAGAAAACGGAAGUUUGUGGCACAUCCGAUGAGGAAAACGGAUAUAAUGUUAAUUGCAGUAUGAAGGAUUGUGUCGGAGUUAUGGUAAAGGUGGACACCUACGUGUACUAAUUUCUAAUCGAUAUCUACACAAUUCUGUCUCUCCAGUCUCUACUCACAUUUUCGCGGACACAGAUACCCGUAUGAUGGCUAACGUUAGUGUUUACAAUGGCAGUGAUAUACAUGUAUUCAAUAUAACAGACAGUUGUGAAACUCCCAGCAGUGUGCAGCUGGGGAACACAUAUGCAGUGCUCGCGUUGUUUUUUCUUAUACUGAUGCUGUUCCAAAAUGGAUUCGCCAUCGUGAUUUUUAACAUUAGCGCAGACGACAGGAGCGUCAGCAGAACAAUCCAUUCUGUCAUCUUGUCGUCUGCGUUUCUUUAUGGUUUGGUUCAGAUACCCGUUUGGAUCAAACAGCUCUCCAAUGGUGACCUUAGUCUUGAUAAAAACUUCAUUUAUACCUGUCUUAUUCUUCUCCCCGGGGUUUUUCAUACCAUUUUCAUGUGGAUUUCCGUUCUGCUUGCCGUUCAUCGAGCCCUCAUCAUGAUACAGAUCACUAACGAGCGCUUCUGGGGAAAUCAACUCAGGAAGUUGUGGCGUCAUCACAAGCGACGGAUAGUGCUGGCCACAAACGCUCUCAGGAACCGCCACACAAAGUACACAAUCUUAGAAUCCAACACCAUCAUCAUCAUUUCCGUUACCCUAGUCAUCGAAUUCGUAGAUUGUGGACUCAGGACGCAUCAAAUUGCGACAACACUCUAUGUGAACGAUUUGUGCACGUCUCUGUCCGUUAUGCGCAUGCUCAGAUUGGUUAUUUAUGGACUUCAUCUCUAUAUCCAUGUGAUAACGAACUUUAAGUUAAGACGGAGUAUCAAAUUAUACUACGAGAGAUUACGCAGUCAGAUUUUUCGACCUGUUCCUAUGGACAUGCCUUUAUAAUUUCCAAUCCAUCUAUUUGAAUAUUUCAGAUACAUAGAUAAAAAAUGUUGAAUGUGGAUGUAUUCAAUUCUUUAUGGCACUAAAGCACAUGCAAGUGUUGUUAGCUGUAGAUUAAAAUACAUAUAUAUUAUGUUAUACAUGGUAUUAUAAUUGUAACAAUCCUUGUUUUAAGGUAUAAAGAGUCUCUGGGUGAUAUAUGAACAAACUUAUAUAGAUACAAUAUUGAGAGGAUUCAGUAAACAAGAUACAAGAUAAUCAUAUGAUAUUUUAUAAUACUUUUUUAGCCGAGUUGCGUGGCAAAUCUCAACUUUAAAAUUGGCGAAGGAUGGGCGUCCAGUCGCGCGGCGUCCACAAUUAGCUUGUCCGGUCUCUAACUUUCAUACGUUUUGGUGCAUCGAUCUUUGUGAGACUUACAUAACAUGAUCACAUCCAAAAGAGGAAGAUUCCUAUUUAUUUUUAGGUCAAAGAUCAAGGUCUUUUUGUCCUUAAAUGCCAUACAUUUGAGUUUGUCCGGUCUCUAACUUUCAUACUACUAGGGACAUCUUUGUGAAACUUACAUAACAUGAUCACAUCCAAAAGAGGAAGGUUCCUAUUUAUUUUGAGGUCAAAAGGCCAAGGUCACUUUAUCACUAAAUGCCAUAGAUUUGAGCUUGUCUGGUCUCUAACUUUCAUACUACUUGGUGCGUCUUUGUCAGACUUGCAUAUUUUGAUCACAUCCAAAAGAGGGAGGUUCCUAUCUAUUUUGAGGUCAAAAGGUCAAAAGUCAAGUUCUCUUUUUCACUAUAUACUGUGGAUUUGAGCUUGCCUCUAACAUUUAUACAUGUACUUGCAGGUGCAUGUUUAUCAGACUUCAGAUCCUGCUGACAUUCAAGAUUCAUGUUGCUUUUGAAAUCCAAAGGUCAAGGUCAUUAUCACACUAAAUACUUAUUGCGGCCAUUCAAAGCUUCCUACUUAUAAACUAUAUUAAAUACGUGCAUGUUUUUACUUCGUGAAUGCAAGAGUGCAUAAUUUUCCAAACUGCAACUCGGCCAUAUACAUCUUUGAUGCGUUGUAGCGAUUUUUUUUUAUACAUGUAUGUUUGUAUAAAAGACAAUCAAGUAAAAUAUGUUUUUCAUCUCGAGGCAACACUGAUGUAAGUAUUUUUCAUAUGUGACUAUUAUCAAUAAAUUGUAACUCUACACGAUACCCACGCGGCAGUUGUGCUGGGAAUCUA